AAUACAGAUUGACGUAAACAUAACACCCAAUAUUAUUCAUUAUAAUCAAGCUAAUAACACUUAUAUUAUCAGCUAGGCUGUUCUAUGCCAUUCUAGCAUACGGCGAAGCAUUAAUACGAAGUAGCAGAUUCAUCAGUGGCGCAUUAAUUUUGUGAGUCUUAUCCCUUUGCUUCGACAGCUGUUCAGCAUGUUGACCGACGAACCAGAGGUCAAUACGACCGAACAGGCCGGUGCGAAUCCUGCGACAAACGAUGUUCCAGCGCCCGGAACCGUGGAUCAACAACUCGUUACAUCAACCCCACAAGAGGAACCAGAAGAGCGGUACUGUUGGGUGUGCUUUGCCACCGAAGAGGACGACAAGUUUGCACCUUGGGUGCAGCCGUGCAACUGCCGCGGUGCUACAAAAUGGGUACACCAGUCCUGUCUGAAACGGUGGAUCGAUGAAAAGCAGAAAGGAAAUCCGUACAAAAGCAUCAGCUGUCCGCAGUGUCAAACCCGGUAUAUCAUCAUCUUGCCGUCCAUGGGAAGCUUUGCGUUGCUGCUCGAGCGGCUUGAUAUAAUCGCCAAACAGUUGAGCCCAGGGAUGGCGGCGGGUGCAAUCGUUUGUUCGAUCUACUGGUCCGCCAUAACGUUCGGUGCGGUAACCGUACUGCAAACGACGGGGUUCGAGCGGGGACUGUCAAUGAUGGAACAGGCCGAACCGAUCGCACUGCUGCUAUGUUUGCCAACCAUUCCAGUGGCGCUGGUGAUUGGCCGGAUGUUUCGCUGGGAAGACAUUGUGCUGCGCUUCCUUCAAAAUCGGCAAUUCGACAUACGAAAAUAUCCCGUGAUUUCGUUGAUGCUGCCCGUAACCAAUGAACCAAGUCCAAACUAUCCGGAAGCUUUCCCGAGUAACACGAUCAGCGCAUCGGAGCCACUAUCCGUAACACGCAUCUUUUGCGGUGCCUUGCUCCUACCAACUGUAUCCACCAUUGUAGGGAAAAUAUUUUUCAAAUCCGUGAAAAACGAUCUGCACCGAACACUGCUUGGUGGAUUCGCGUUUGUGGUGGUAAAGGGUGUGUUAAAAAUUUACUUCCAUCAGAAGAAACAUAAUCGUGCCAAACAACGUCAAAUUCUUGACUACACACCAGAGAACGUGCGAAAGUAUUGGAUUCGCAAUCAACCACCGGAGGUUAAUGAUCGUCCUGGUCAACAGGGACAGGAACAGGGUAUAUUGCAGCAACCAGCUAACGAAGAGCGCAACGAGGAAAAUGUAGUUAACGGUGCCGGAUAGCACGCGAUGCACCCGGACAGUGUGUGAUAUUUUUUAUGAAAGCUACAUGAACUUAAUUCUACCUUUGUUUGUUAUAUUUUCAUCAAUUGUGUCAACUAAUUGAAUUCACUAAUACUAAAUACGGUAAUAAAUUUUCGUUUAUUUCAUUGUAAAAAAA